AUGGCCCCUAUCGACGAAGAUAUCGUCCCUGACGAUAUCGCUGAAGAUAUUGCUGAGGAAAAUAUGGAGGAAGACAUCUACGAGGAAGAGGAAUUUGAAGAGGAUGAAGAUGAGGCUCCUGAAGAGCAGCUCGAAAACAGUAGCAUGGCCAGGGGCAAUAAAGAAGAUGCUUUUGCAGCUUUCGCGGAGGAAGAGGAACCCGAAGAGAGGCCAUCUAUUAAUACGGAAGAAGACAACUACUCAGCGGCUUUCGUCGAAGAACGAAAUGUUUCUUCACGUGGGGAGAAAGUGGCCCUAGUAGAGGUUGAGGAGGACUUGCCAGUGGGAGUAGAGACUCGUCCACGACGUGUGUGGAGUCCACCUGCUGAGGGUACGGAAAGUCCAGCAGCGCCUGUUGCUGAUGAAGGGAGUCCAACAAGUCCUCCUACCACAGAACUACAGCAAGCACCUGAGCAGCUCGAAAACAACAAUGAAAAAGGAGAAGAUUCCUGUGGCAAUAAACGACGAGUGAUGCAAAUGGAAAUGAAGCGCAGUGGCACCAUUGCGGUUGCUGACGAGGUUGCAGAUUAUAUCCAGACGUCGAAAGAGGAAGCUACGCAGUACCACGGUUCCGAGAGUGCUGGAAACAAGUUGAAGAAGAAAGAAGCCGAACAACAGGAUGAUGGAAGAUCAGCAUCGGAUGAUGUUGGAGGAAGUCAGACGUCGAGUCCAUAUGAUUCUCGUCCAGGAGGUUUUAGUGAAGGAGCACGUCCUCUGAGUCCAGACCAACAAGCAGUGGAGGAUCCAGGAGCGGAAGAAGCGUGGCGUUCCGGAGCUUUGUGGGCUUUGGAUGGCGAAACUUACUUCAACAAUAUGGAGCGUCGUUUUGAGCAACGUUUUGUGACGGACAAGAGCUUCUUGACAGCCUUGAAGACUCGGACGGAAGAAUUUGGAACGGUUGGAGCGAUCGUUGGCAGUGGAUCCCCAGAGUCAACUAAGAUGACUACUUUUUACGGUACUAAAACUGCGCCUGGAGGAUUUGAUGAUGCUGCAUUUGUCGACAACUUUCCUCCACCACCGAAGGAUCAGGAGAGCAUUCGCAAGGCUAUCAGUGGAGACGAGUCUGGCUCUUCAGGUGCUCUGAUGUUAAACGAGGGAAAGAACGGGAAGACCAAGAGCAGCAGAUCCACUAUUUCGAUGUUUCGGAGUAUCCAAAGCGUUUCCCAAGCUUUAGACGAUGCUAGAAAAAUGGUCCCAGAACAGGAGUAUUUCGCUGCUUUGAAGCGUAUCCAGGAUGAGGAGGAAACUUUGCAUAAGGAGUUCCAGAGACAGAGACAGGCUGUUCUUGCUUUACGGUCGGGGGAAGAGACUCGAGAAUGUCGCUUGCGGCGAAAAGGGAAAGCAAGAUUGCUCGGUAAAAAAGCAAUCCUCGAAGGCAACGAUGGUCGUCGCCAAUUGAUUGUUCUCUCGUCGAACCAAAAGCAAUUACUCAAGCAUCCAGCUUUGGCUUCGGUGCGUGCGUUCCACCUGUUGGAGGAUUUCUCCAGUGCCAAGAACUACCCACGCAUGCGACUGCCCGGUGGGGAUAAGGCGAAUCGCUUGGCUAGGUGGAAGCGCAUGUCUUUAGAGAGUGGGCGUCGCAAAUCCGUCGCCGACUAUGAAGAGUUGUGGGAACAAUUGGAACUCCUACAAAGCCGCGUGAAUUUGAACUACAUCGCCGAUUUCUUCAUCGAGUACUACUUGACGCAAACGCUGAAAAAACACCAGUUGGUGAAAGAACUAGCUGCGAGAGAGCAGCCAGCGCCGGAACCAGUGCAAUUGCCGCCAGGGGAGGGAGCAGCAUUGAAGCAGAUUAUCGAGACGAAAGACACGUACUAUUCCAAGCCCUUGAAGGUGAUGCAAAAAGCCGUCUCCGGAUGGAUUCGAUCCUCCAGAGCCAUCUCGAAGAUUCGCGGAAAACUUGGAGGCUUGAAGAAACUACAAGAGAAUGGAGGAGAGGCAAUUACUGCAGGAGGAAAGGAUGCCAAUAAAGUUGUUCAAAUUGGUGUUACUGUUACUGCUGCAGAUGGAACUGCAACUACUAUUCCUGCAGAAGAACACAAGGGAAGAAAGUCGGUUGUAUUGAGAACAAACACUGGGAGACCUGAUUCUCCUUCAGUAUCGCCGCGACCAGGCUCUCCGUCUCAGCAGACGAGAGGACGAGCAUCAUCACCCUCCGCUCAGGGAGGACGUCCCUCGUCACCUUCUCAGGCAAACCGGGGUAAAAGUGGCUCUCCGGAACGCAGUAGUUCUGCAGGCGGCCGUCGUCCAGGUUCGCCUAAGUCUGGCUCGGCUCAGAACAAGAAAAACGGAAAGUUCAAUCGUUCUAUGACGGUCGUGGCUCAUCAUGGUGAUGCGCCGUCUGGUGCUUUACAGUCACGCCCUCUGUCGCCAUUAUCUGGUCCAAAAGUCGCACAAGUUCGGUUGACGGAGGCGCAGGAAGACUUCCUUCUGAGGCAAGUCGUGGAUCCGCAAGAAACUCGUGACCUUCGAGUUUUGAAGCUGGGCUUCGUUCCUCUCAACGUCUUGGGUCAAUUCGUCUCUGUCUAUUUGGGAAUGCUGUAUCCACACUUAAAUCUACAGAACCCAACGUUUUGCUUCACCCAGCAAAGCUACGAUCAAGUGUUGGAUUUGGUUUUCGUGUUGUCAGCUGAAGAGGAAAGAAAGUCCAUUCUCGCUGUGCAACAAGGAGACACCCAUGUGAACCUGGACGAGUACUCUCAAGUACCUCUAGAAGUCGCCUGUGUCGUUCUUGAAGUCUCUCGCUUGCUCUGGCUGCAAUCGCUACAAGGCACAGCCGCUCUGUCGCAACCCGUGGUCGAGAAGAUGCGCAGGGUGUAUAACCGUCAGACCCAACAAGCAGGCAGUGAAGAUGGGAUCCCGUUCAAGCUGUUCUUCCAGUCCAUGGAAGCAGCUGGAUUUGGCCUUUCUCCGGAUGAACACCGCGUGUUGAAAAACCUAGUCCUCGAAUGUGAUCUCAACGGUGAUGGCGUCACUUCCUUCCCGGAAUGGCUCUACAUCUUGCAGCGUUUUACGGACCGCAAGUUGGCAGAUGCCUUGCGGGAGAGCAAUUGGUACGCACGACGUCUGGAAUGCGAUGAUUUGGCGGAUGAGUUGAUCUUCUUCAUGGAAAUCGAGCUUUCUAGGAUGCGCGGUCUAGAACCAGGAACGUCGAUGACGCAAUUUUCGAUGGCCGACGUGAAGGAGAUCUUCAAGCUGCUAGGGCUGUCGAACUUGCCUGGUUGCAUGCAGGACUUUGAGAAGGUACUUGUUAAUCGUGUUACUGUUACUUGUUGGCGUCUCACCUUCUUCUACUUCUUGCAUAAUUGUGUUUCUAUCUUCACCUACCUCCACAUCUAGAUGUUGAAAUUGAAUUCACCAAAAUAAUAUGAGAAAUUACAACAACAUGAAGAAAUCUCCUUCUCCAACCAAUCAAAUCAGAUCACGCAGAAACUCUUUUACUCGUUCGAUGCGGAGGGUCGUCCCAGCUUCCAGGAGACGUUCUCCAAAGCCGAAGUCUUACGCGUCAUCGCCGAAGCUUUGUGGCAAGAACUGAAAGGCGAGAAGGUCCCCGUCUACGACGCCACCAUGGAGGACAACAUAUAUUUCAAGCACAAGCAAGACGAAACCGACGGAAAUGCCGCAGUUUUACAUAGAUUGGGUGACAAACAUGUGACGACGGAUCGUGCUGCGGCAGUGAGGCGAUUGAGGCAGCAGAGGGAGAAACAAGCUGGUGGGAAGAGGAAAAGAAUGCUGGAUACAGAGGAACUAGUUGUGGAAGAUCUGGUUGCGCCGUCGUUUCGUAGGGAGAUGGAGGAAGCGGAAAACAAAAAGAAAUCAGAGUAAAAAUCAUUUACAAGAACUUUCUUGCACGAUCUUAUACUUGAACUUGAUUUUGUUCCAAUUAAAAGGUAUUUCCACAAUUUGAAGAUCGUUCUGCUCAAUGACUUUUUCAUCGUCGAAUCACUCCCAUGAUUAAGUACUUAGACUAGAAUUAGUACGUCGUGUCUUCAAUCUUGAUCUCCCCCUAUCUUCUCCUCCUUCACCCUCUCACCAGGCAACUGCGCAAGAUGUCCAUCUUAGUAACCGAGCUCCACCAAUGGAUCGAGCGCCUAGAUAGACCAGGCGCCUACGUCGGCGACGAGCUCCAGCAGUGGCUCAGAAAGCGCUGGGUCCUGAGCGCAGAACAAACUAAAGCCGCGAUGAAACACUACGCCGGACGACGUGAUUAUAUCUAUGCCCGCAUGCAGUACCAGACGAGGAAGACGCAUGCGCAAGCAGCUCAGAAUGCAGGACAGGCAGUCGCGUCCCAAACCCAGAUGGUCACGACAACAGAACAAACGCAAGGAUUAUUGGGGAAUAUUCACAGGCAGUUACUGGGAGGAGCAGAACCAACAGCUCCGCAAGUGGCCGAAGAGAGCAAUGGUAAUGCUGGUAGUGCUAGAAACGCUAAUGGAAGUGCCGAAGGUGCUGAUGCAGGAGCUGCUGUGGCUACGGCGUGA